AUGUCCUUCGAAGCCGGAAAGACCUACCAGAUCAUCAACGCUAAGGGUGGCACAGUCCUCGAUCUCUCCGGAGGACAGGACCACUCGCCCAUCACCGGGUACCAGUGGAGCGGCGGUUCGAACCAGAAGUGGACGCUCGAGCAGAACGGCGACGGUUUUCAGCUCAAGAACGCUGCGACGGGCCUGUACAUCGGCAUCGACGGCGAACCAUCGAACUCCGCGCCCGUCAUCGCAACCUCGCAGGGCCAGCACUGGGAGGUCAAGCCCGACCACAGUGACCCUUCUGUCUUCAGAAUCUUCCUGAAGGGUACACAGUUCUGCCUCGACCUCAGCGACCACGGUAACCCCAACCCUGGCACCCCUGUGACCCUCUGGAAGAAGUGGGAGGGUGGUACUAACCAGACGUGGAAGUUCGAGGAGGCUGCGUGA